AUGAAGGCCGUCGUAAUUCUCGCUUUUGCCACCCUUGGCCUAGCCGGUGCCGUUGGAAAGGGACACGGAGGCUCCGGAGGUGGUCGGGGAGGCCCUCCCGGCAAAGGCCAUGGGAGACCUCACCCUCCCAAGCCUACACCCAAAGUCUGCAACCCGAUGGACAGCUGUAACCGCGAGAUCCUCGGUCUUGGUCGCAAGCCCGUCGCCCUUGAGACCCGCAGCGCCGACUGCGCUGAGUACCUGAAGGUCACCGUCACUGGCGCUCAGCGCACCUGGACUGAGACCAUCUAUACUACCUCCGGCCAGAUCGCAACUACCCCUGCCCCGGCUCCCGUUGUCACCGCCGCCCCCAAGCCUGUCCCUGCCUACGCUGACGAGUGCCGUCGUGAUGAUGACUACGCCUCCGCCUGCGGCUGCCUCAGCGUCAACGUCACCACCACCACAGUCCGCGCCGCGCCCGCGUACGAAUAUCACUUCGGUCCUGCCGAGAACUGUGAUGAGAUCGCCGUCCGCGAGAUUCCCGAGUGUGCUCACGAGUGCUUCAACACCCUCACCCCGGCGUGGGGCUGCACCGGCAUCAGAGAUAUGGAGUGCCAGUGCGGUGUCAACUUCCAACCUAUUGCUAUGGCCAUGGGCGAGUGUGUUCUUGAGCGCUGCACCCAACAGGAGUACAAUGCUGUUUACCCUGCUGGCCUCAACGCCUGCCGCUGCGCUGCUGCCUCUGCCAACCUCCCCCAGCCUACCAUCAUUCUUUAA